AUGAAGUUCUACAGUGCUCUUUUGGCUUUUGUUGUAUUGGUCGCCGUUGUUGCUUUCAGUCAGGCUGAGGACAUGAAGUAAGCUUUGAAAAGUUUGAAUUUUAAGCCUUUUAUGAUGAUCUUUUGAUUUUGUUUGACGUCUUGUAAAUAUUUUUUUAUAAAAUUUAAUUUUAAGGACUAUGUGCACAAAUGAUGCCAACAUGUUGGCUUCUGAAUUGAAGCCAAUCGUUGGCAAUACCCAAAAGAGACAAGCCUUCGUAGACAAGUUGAAAGCUAAGGUUCAGCAAGAAGUAAGAAUAUUUUAGCAUUAACGCUUGCUUUAGCCCUAGCCGUAGAAUUAGCCCUUGCCCUAUCCCUAUUCUACACCACCUUUCUUCACUUUACCCUAAUUUUUUAAAUAAAAAUUAAUUUGAUUCUAAAAUUUUAGUGCACUCCCAAAAACUCAUGCAAUGACGCAUGUGCCACGGCCAUAAACGCGUGUUUGGACAAACAAAGAGCCUCCUCUACCGUCAUUUCCAACCCUGCUGGAUGUUGCAGUAGUUGCUAA